AUGAGUCGAUAUGGGCUGUUGGAUGCACUCCCGAUGGUCGAUGAUGAUGCUGCUGCUGCUGCCCAAGUUUCAAGAUUCCAAAAAGUCACCAAGAAAAAGCAAGCAAAGCUUCAUCUCGCUUAA